UGGAGAAAGAAAUGAAAAGACGAGGAAAAGAGCAAAGGACCGAGCAAUACUCGAAGAAGAGAGAUGGAUCACAGAAGAACCGGAGGAAGCAAACUCAUCAUGAUGGUGGUGUGCAUGGCAGCGAUGUGCAGAGCCAUCCCCAUUGGUGACCUCCUCGAUCGAGCCUCUCAGCGCUCUGACAAGCUGCACUCCCUCAGCACGACGCUCAGCACAAUGCUCGCCCAGGACACGGAGGCUUAUUUUCCUCCAUUAGGCCGAAUGAAAAUGUGCCACACCUCCUCGCUACAGACGCCCAACGACAAACAGCAAACUCUGGAAGUAACAGAGUCGGAUCUAAUGUCACUGGCUCGAUCCCUGCUCCAGGCCUGGGCGGACCCCCUGAUGGUCCUCUCCAACUCUGUUAACACUCUGUCGCACCCAGCCCAAAGCAGCAUAUCCAACCAGCUCCAGGAGCUGCAGGAAUACUCAAGAACCCUGAAAGAUGGCCUGGAUAUACUGUCUGGGAGGAUGGGCCCGGCUGCUCAGUCUAUCUUCUCGCUGCCCUACAGAGGGGGCACCGACCUGGGCCAUGACAAAAUAACCAAACUGGUCAACUUUAACUUUCUGCUGUCCUGCCUCCGCCGGGACACCCACAAGAUUGACAGCUUCCUGAAAGUCCUUCGCUGCCGCGCAGCAAAGAGGCAACCCGAGCUUUGCUGAAGAGCGAGGCAGCCGGCGUGGCCGAGGGGUUUUUUGCUUGUGCCGCCUAACAGCUGCUAAUGUUAUGCUAACUGCUGAUCUGUUGGUAUAAGAAGGUUUCAGAGAAUGGAGAUAUGGAGGAGUUAUAUGACACACAAAUAAUCUGUCAGAGCGACAGAUUCACUUCACAGUAGAUUAGAGGAUUAGCAUCUGGAAAGUAACAAAAAAGUAUAAAGUAUUUUUGACCAAUGAAAUAUUUCCCUUAAAAUAUAAAGAAACUUUCUAAAGCACAGAUUAAUAUAUUACAGUCAGAGGUCAUCUACUUGGUAUUUCCAGCUGGUCUGGCUUUACAUACUGCUCAGUGUGUGUGUAAUUUCUAACAUGACUCCUCCUCAUCUUUUCCCUUCUCCUGGGCCAUCUCUCCUCACAGUCCAGCUGCAAAAUGAGCUUUGUAGGAACACAGAGCAUCUUCUUCUUCCUAACUACAGCUUGAUUGAUACCACACUGCACUUUAGAUAUAAUUAUUGCAUUGCCUAUUGUUUAACCUUUUCUUUAAAAUCUGUUCAUCAAUAAAAUACCUUCUUGCACAGUAAAA